AUGGCCCGUCAAUCAAGUGUGGAUCUAGACUCGCCUGAUCGGCCCUUUGACAAUAUCAUCAACUUCCGUGAUGUUGGCCGAUCGGUCAAUCAAUUCUGUCGCAAAGAAAUCUUGAAAGAAGGUGUUUUCUUUCGCAGCGCCAGGCUUGAUGAUGCAUCAGAACGAGAUAAACGGCGUCUAGCCGAAGAACUACACAUUCAUACUGUGAUUGAUCUGCGCUCAUCGUAUGCAUUCCCCCAAGUGAAGCAGAGUCCGAAGUGGAAUGACCAUCGCGAUCUAACUCAAGACAGGACAGAACACCAAAUGGGGACGCGGAAACGUCGCAGCGAGAAUGCCAACUCGUCGGAGAUUGACUUGACUGAUGCUCCAGUUCCCUCCAACCCCGAGGAACACUUGCUUGAAAUCCCCGGCUCUGAACGGGAAUUGAUCAGUCUGACGGGUAAGGGGUUCGAGCGCGCCUUGCUAUGGAAAUUGGACUGGAUGACGUAUCUAAAAGCAAUCGGCCUCGUAACAACAGGCUAUCGAAAUGAUGCAGUCCGUCUGGUGUGUGGACAAGUCAUGCAACCGCGCGGGUUAACAGGGCUUGCUCAAGACACCCUGGAUUCGAGUAUGACUGAAAUGCGCACAGUCUUUGAGAUCCUUGCCCGUGAAGAGAGCUAUCCCACAUUAGUGCAUUGCACACAAGGGAAAGAUCGGACGGGGUUGGUGGUUCUGCUAAUGCUACUUCUUGCUGGUGAGGCCGUACCAACCGAGGCUGUUGUGGAUGAUUACAGUCGGUCUGAACUGGAGCUUGUUCCGGAGUUCGAGGAACGUAUGAAGGAGAUUCGCGCGCUGGGCCUUGGAGAGGAUUAUACCCGCUGUCCGCCUGGCUUUGUCACCGAUACCACGGAGUACCUGAAAGAGCGGUAUGGUGGGGUUGAGGGCUAUUUAGAGAAGAUUGGGAUCGACGCUGAGAUGCAGGACCGCGUUCGGGGGAAGUUGUUGGCUUGA